UCUACGUCACUGCCGGGCAUGCGUGACCAAACAACAUGGCGGCGCCCUUGGUGACUCGUGGGUAAAACCUAUCCGAGGUGGAGGGAGAUUUUAUGCUGUGCAACCACAUGGAUGCUUGUAGCCAUCGAGAGAUGCGUCGCCGCCACCGGAUUCAGCCUGGGGGAGUUUGCCGCCCUGGUGUUCGCGGGGGCGCUGGAUUUCGCCGAAGCUCUGUACGCAGUAAAGGUCCGCGCCGAGGCCAUGCAGGAGGCGUCGGACAGGAUCCCGAGUGGAAUGAUGGCGGUCCUUGGGAAGGCGCAGGCUAAAUACGGCUACGCCUGUCUGAUGGCCCGGGAGCACUGUGAGAGUCUGGGGAUAGAGAGCCCGGUGUGCUCCAUUUCCAGCUACCUUUUCCCAGAUGGCAGAGUGAUCGCAGGGCAUCUCCAGGCACUGGAAUUCUUGCAGAAGAAUUCGAGGAAGUUCAGCUUCCUGCGCACAAAGCUGCUGCCUGUAAGCGGCGCGUUUCACACCGCGCUGAUGGAGCCGGCCGUCGAGCCCCUGAGGGAGGUCUUGAAGAAAGUGGAAAUAAGGAAGCCGGAGAUAUCCGUGUACUCCAACGUCGAUGCCAAGAAGUACAUGCACGGCCAGCACAUCCGGCGCCUGCUGCUGAAGCAGCUGGUGUCCCCGGUCAAGUGGGAGCAGACGGUGCACGCCAUCUACGAGAGGAGGCAGGGCGCCGAGUUCCCCGAGACGUACGAAGUGGGCCCGGGAAGGCAGCUGGGAUCUGCGCUGCAGAAGUGCAAUCUGAAAGCCUGGCAGGGUUACAGGCACAUCGAUGUUGUAAUGUGACCUUCCCGCCCGACACUGGGAGAGCUCCUUUCCUUUACCCGGAUCGGUUUUGUUUUGUUUUUUUUCCAAAUCCUCCAAUCCUCUUGAAAAGGAUCUACAAGCGUAGGUCCCCGAUGGGUGUCAUUUAAUUACAUUUUACCAUGUUAAGUUUUAUGAUCAUUGCUAAAUGAAUUAAUAAUAGUAUUAGUUUCUUGUAUAUAAAAGCUGUUCUUAGAAAAGCUC